GCACACAAUGGAAGGUUGUAUGAUGUGGUUUUUAUUUGCGUGUAGUUUCUGUCUUGUGAAUGCACAUAUGAGGAAUUUCGAAGAAUUUGAAGCAGAAUUUUACAAACUUAAAGAACGAGUUUCACAGCAGGAAAAUGCCUUACUCCUUCAGGGAAACAAGUUGAUAGAGCAGGACCAACGUCUGAAAUAUUACGAACAUGCAUUGGGGAAGCGGUUUGUGCUGCAAGACGAGGAGACAGUGGCUUUCACUGCCCACGUAAGUCCCUACACACUGGACCACCUAAAUCACUUGGACGUGAUUCACUUUGACCAAGUGCUGACCAAUAUUGGAGGCGGAUAUAACAACCAAACUGGAGUGUUUGUUGCUCCAGUCAGCGGCAUUUAUCAAUUUAGUUGCUCAUUGAUGGACCACAUCAGCGACACACACGGGGACGCUAUGGUGAGGGGAGAAAUUAUCCACAACUCCAUGGUGAUUGCACGCGUGUUUGCGCACGCUGACGUCAAGUAUAGGGACCAGGGCGCACAAACGGUGUUUGUUCACGUGAACGUUGGGGACCAGGUGUUCGUCCGUGUCCGUGACAACACGAACCUCAGCCUCGGCGGGGACAUGUACUCAUCUUUCUCCGGUUACCUCAUGCAGCCAGUGGAAACGCCAUGAACUAUGUUUUGACAAGCCUCCUUGGCAUGGGGACCCUAGGAGCGGUUUCGUAUCUAGGACAAAAUACUAACAAUAGAACUGCACCUUAUUCAGUGCCUCCCCUAUAAUACUUAAUUGAAAUGAAGCCAAAUCAACGUAAAAAACUGAAAUAAAUCCGCUUUAAACCUAACUUUUGAUGUUAAAUGUUGAUGUAAGAUUAGUAGCAUUCUUAUCCGAAAUAAAGUGACAAAACA